AAUACAGAAAUCUGAGAGCAGGUUCCUGCAUUUUCAUCUUUUCUGAUUUAGGGUUUCGUCAGUCUCUUAUAUAUAAGCCAAAAAACCCUACUUUCUUUCCCUUCUGACGAACACAACCGCGAGAGAGAGGGAGAGAGUGAAGGAGAGAGGGAGGAGAGGUUUUUGGUGCGGCGGCAGGUGAAAAAAAUGGUCAAUUACAGGUUCCACCAAUACCACGUUGUGGGGAGGGCUCUGCCUUCGGAAGCAGAUGAGCACCCCAAGAUCUACAGGAUGAAGCUUUGGGCCACCAACGAGGUUCGUUCCAAGUCCAAGUUCUGGUAUUUCUUGAGGAAGCUGAAGAAGGUCAAGAAGAGCAAUGGCCAAAUUCUUGCUAUCAAUGAGAUUUUUGAGAAGAACCCUACAAAGAUCAAGAAUUAUGGGAUUUGGUUGCGUUAUCAAAGCCGAACAGGUUAUCACAACAUGUACAAGGAGUACCGAGAUACCACUUUGAACGGUGCUGUUGAACAAAUGUACACUGAGAUGGCUUCACGCCACAGGGUUAGAUAUCCAUGUAUCCAGAUCAUCAAGACUGCCACCAUCCCAGCUAAACUUUGCAAGAGGGAGAGUACGAAGCAGUUCCACAACUCCAAAAUCAAGUUCCCCCUAAUUUCCAGGGUGUUUAGGCCACCCACUAGGAAGCUUAAGACCACAUACAAAGCAUCUAGGCCCAACUUGUUUAUGUAACUCUCAUUGGUCAAUUGUUGAUGGUCAAGCUUUAGAGAGGUAAGAUUGGAUACAAGUUUUCCAGUUUUGUUUUCACUAGUAGACUUAAAGCCAUUUUGUGUUCACUGGAUAUUUUUUUUUGUUUUGAGGUUUUGAUUAUGAUGCCAGAUACUUGGGCAAAUUUGUUUUGUGCGUGUUUAAGAAUGCCAUCUUUUUUCUCGACUUUUAAAAAAUAUCUAUGGCAUUGGGCAUGGGUUUUCCUUAA